AUGUCGAGCAUGUUCAAUGAAAAUGAAUUAUCUGGGAUUGACGCUCACAGUGUUUUUGGAAAUAAUAAUAACAAUGAAACAGAAAGCUACGAAAAUAAAAGAAAGAAUUAUAAUGAGAAUUCAAAUAUGAGUAUGAAUCAAAGGGCAGAAGAAGAAGAAGAUGAAGAAGAUGAUGAGGAAGAUGAGGAGCCAUCGCAUGUACAAGAUGAGAAUAUGGCUAAAGUUUUUGAAAAAUUUUUAAAAACAUUUUCUGAAAAAAAAAAUAAUAAAUUAGAUGCAGAAAGUGAUGAAGAUAGUGAUAGUGUAUGGAGAGACAAUUUAAAUUUUGAUUUUCCAAGUGAAUUAGAAAUAGGAAGUAAUGCUCAUUAUGUUCAAGUAUUAUAUACAAUAUUACAAAAUUCAUUUUCAAGGAAUAAAGUAUUAGUAGUUGAUAUGAAGCAUGUAUUAAUGUGGGAGCCAACUGAUAGGAAUCAAUUUGAUAUCGGUAGUCAAUUAUAUAUGUACAUAAAAAGACAUUUUUUACGUAUAUUAGAUAUUUUUGAGCAAAAGGUUCAAUUAUUAGCUGAAAGUAUUAAUCCUGUUAAAACUAAAGAAGUUGGCAAAAUAUGUUUACGAUUUUAUAAUGAAAAAAAUCCUAUUCAUUCAUUAAGAAGUUUAAGAUGUGAAAUGUUAGGAGAGAUGAUAAGUGUGAGAGGUCAAGUUACAAGAACAUCUGACGUUAGACCUGAAUUAACAUUAGCAUCUUUUAAAUGUAAUGAAUGUGGAAAUAUUAUUAAUGGUGUUAAACAACAAUUUAGAUAUACACAACCAAGUAAAUGUCCAUCAGCUAGUUGUAGUAAUAUGCAUGAUUGGUCAUUAGUUUUAGAACAAUCUUAUUUUGUCGAUUGGCAAAAGAUUAGAUUACAAGAAAUAGCACAAGAAAGUCCACCAGGAUCUAUGCCUAGAAAUAUGGAUGUUAUUUUACGUAAUGAUAUUGUAGAUAGUGUACAUGCAGGUGAUAGGAUAAUUGUAACUGGUUGUUUAAUUGUUGUUCCUGAUAUCCCAACAUUAAUGAAACCUGGUGAUAUACCUAGAAGUGUAGCUAGACAAAUGCUAAAAAAAAAUGAGAACUCUUUAGUAUCACAAGGAUUAACAGGUAUUAAAGGUGUUGGUGUACAAGAUUUAAAUCAUAAGCUUUGUAUAUAUGCAUGUCAAAUAGAAAAAUUAAAUAAUUCAAAAAAAGACAAUUCCUUUGAUGAACAAACUCAAGUUGAUAUUAAUUGUGAAGAAAUAUUAAAUUGUGAUGAUUUAAAAUGGUUGAGAGAAAUAGCUAUACAUCCUAAUACUAUUGAUAUAUUAGCUGAGUGCAUUGCACCGAAAAUAUGGGGUAAUAUUGAAAUUAAAAAAGGUGCACUACUUAUGAUGACAGGGGGUGUACAAAAAAUUACAUCAAAUUGUAAAUUAAGAGGUGAUAUAAAUAUGUGUAUAGUUGGUGAUCCAGGUACUGCUAAAAGUGAGAUAUUAAAAUAUGUUGAAAGUUUUGCACCGAGAGCAAUAUUUACUUCAGGAAAAGGGUCGACUGCAGCAGGUUUAACAGCAGCAGUGCACCGAGAUCCAGAUCAAGGAGAUACAGUAUUAGAAGCAGGUGCAUUAAUGUAUGCCGAUCAAGGAAUAUGUUGUAUUGAUGAGUUUGAUAAAAUGGACGAAAAAGAUCGAGUAGCAAUUCAUGAAGCAAUGGAACAACAAACAAUAUCAAUUACAAAAGCUGGUAUUCAAGCAACAUUAAAUGCUAGAGCAUCUGUUUUAGCUGCUUGUAAUCCAAAAUACGGAAGAUAUGAUUCACUUAAAACAUUUGCUCAAAAUGUAAAUAUCCCAGCCCCAUUAUUAUCAAGAUUUGAUUUAUUUUAUACUAUGUUAGAUACUAUAGAUAUAGAUAAAGAUACAAAUAUAGCAAACCAUUUAGUAUCUAUGCAUUGUGGUGAUGAAGCAGAAAGACAUUUAAAAGCUAAUGCUGGAAAAUUAGAUAAUGUAAAAUUAGAAAUAUAUCUUGAAUUAAGUAAAAGAGUUAAACCAUUACUUACUGAUGAAGCAAAAUAUAAAUUAAUACAUUAUUAUGUAUCGUUCAGAAAUAUAGAAUAUUCACCAGGUGCUCAAAGAUCAAUGAGAAUGACAGUUCGUCAAUUAGAAUCACUUAUACGUUUAAGUGAAGCUGUUGCAAAAUUAAAAUUUUCUCAUUUUGUAGAUGUAAAACAUGUUGAAAUAGCUUGCUCGAUUUUUAAAGCUUCUAUGAAAAAAAUAUCCAAUGAAAAAGAAAUUAAUUUAGAUGAAGAACCCGAAAAACCAACUAAUGCCGCAUCAUAUAUAAGCAAUGGAGAAAAUCAAACAGAUAAUCCAGAAGUUAAAAAAACAACAGUUAUUAAAGCAAGUGAAUAUCAAUAUAUAUCUGCAAUUAUUUUUGAAAUUAUUAAAGAAUAUGAAUUUAAUAAUAAUAAUGAAUGUAUGACACAAGAUCAAUUGAUAGAAGCAUAUUUGAAAGAUUAUGCAAAAGCAGAAUCUACUGAACAUUUAGAUGAAUGGAUUUACAAAUUAAAAAAAAUUAUUAACAGAUUAAUUAAUCAAGAUAUGAAACUAUUAAGUGAAACAAAUGAAAAUGAUCCUGAAAAUAUUAUACUUAGAAUCCAUCCUAAUUAUGCAGGACCAUCAGCAGAAGGGGUUAUCACAAAUAAAAAUACUUAUGGAUAUACCACCUUCAAAAAUUAUCAAACUGAUCAGAAUGCUCUAGACGAUGAUGUGGAUUUCCAAGAAGACAUAGCGGACUUUUAA